CUACACCUAGUUAGUUCCAGUGAGAAGGAGAGAGAAAGAGAGACUCUCCAACCUCUGUUUAUGGUGAUCGCUCCAAAAACACUCAAAACUUCCAAAAACCCACUCAUGGAGGGGAAGCUUCACACCCCUACCUAUCAACAUGAAACAUCCAAAUUUCAAAUUAUUAAUGGAUAGUUAAAAUUUCCCACUUCUCUCAUCCUUACCACACCUAUUCUUUUUUUUUUUUCAUUUCAUCAUUUCUUUUAAAAGGAAAUUUUGUAUUCUUCCCAUUUAUUUCUAGUUUGUUGUUAUCUCCAACUCUCUCUCUCUCUCUACAUAAUAUAUAUAUAUAUAUAUAUAUAUAUUUGUGUGUAUACUAGUAGGACAUGAAUAAGAGGAUUUGUACAAUCUUAUCGUUUGAUGUGCCCGCCGCAUGUUGGUCUAGUACUUGGGUUUUAUUGUCGUUCAUGUUCAUUUGUAACGCCCUUCUCUUUAAACCUAAGCGUUUUUGUUGUUGGGAGCUUCGAUAAUGUCGCAGAAGAGAAACCCCGAUGAGGGUCGAGCUCCUCGACCAGAAGGAACUAAUUCUGACGAUAAGCGUAGAAAGAUUCCCAAUUUCAGAAAUGUUGUUUUGGAGGUAAUGAAGUUGCAUACAUUUGAACGCUCCUUGGAGCCUUUGAUUCGUCGAGUGGUUAAAGAGGAAGUUGAGAUAGCCUUAAAAAAACAUUUAAACAAUAUGAAACAGAAUGGCGUGAAAGAGAUGCAUUCUACUGUUGCAAAGAGUUUAAAGCUUCGCUUCUUAAAUAAUAUCUCUCUUCCUGUAUUCACUGGAGCUCGAAUUGAAGGAGAAGAAGGCUUCCCAUUACAAGUAGCUUUAGUUGAUUGUUUUACUGGCCAAAUUAUUUAUUCUGGGCCAGAAUCCACAGCCAAGGUGGAAGUUGUUGUUCUUGAGGGUGACUUUGAUGGUGAUGAGGGAGACAAUUGGACAGUUGAAGAGUUCAAGAAUAACAUUGUAAGAGAGAGGGAAGGGAAGAAACCCCUUCUUACUGGAGAUGCAGUUCUGAAUCUUAAAGACGGAGAAGGUUCUGUGGGUGAAAUUUCUUUUACAGAUAAUUCAAGCUGGACAAGGAGCCGUAGAUUCAGGCUAGGGGUGAGAGUUGUGGAUAACUUUGACGGAGUUGAAAUAAGAGAAGCGAAGACAGAAUCCUUUAUUGUCAGGGAUCAUCGUGGAGAAUUGUACAAGAAGCACCAUCCUCCUUCUCUAUACGAUGAAGUAUGGAGAUUAGAGAAGAUUGGGAAAGAUGGAGCAUUCCAUAAGCGUUUGACUCGGGAAAAGAUCCUUACUGUGAAGGAUUUCCUUACCUUACUCUUUUUGGAUCCUCAAAGACUCCGAAAUAUCCUUGGCACAGGUAUGUCUGCUAAGAUGUGGGAAGUAACUGUGGAGCAUGCUCGGACAUGUGUACUUGAGAAGAGUAUGUUCUUGUACAUUCCUUCCAAUUCACAGCAUAAAACUGGGGUUGUCUUCAAUAUUGUGGGUCAAUUACUGGGACAACUUUCAGAUGGCCAAUAUGUUUCCAUUGAUAAGCUAUCUGAAACCGAGAAGGCUGAUGCACAUAAUAUGUUAAUUUCUGCAUUUGAACACUGGGAGGAGGUUGUAUCUUUUGACGAUGAGGCCUCGCUUACUGCUGGCUCAGCCCUCUUGACGAAUGUGCUUUACACCUCAAGCUCACCCAAGAUAGAGGGUUCUGCUGGGAGCAAGUUUUUGGCUUCACAUAAGAUUGGUGCCUUUGAUUAUAUACCACCAUCAUCUGCCUCUUCACCGGAUAUCAUGUCAUCCAUAUAUUCUGUUGGCGGAACAAGUAGCUUGGAAGAUUACGCGUUGCACACAAUUGACAGCAUGGAUCUUAGAUUUGAUCAGGCUUUAAAUUUUCCAAGUCAAGUCAGUACCUCCCUGAUCUGUGACUCGGAACGAAUCACUCAAGCUUUCUGCGACGAGGAUCAUCUACAGUUUUUUGAUACUGAUCUUCAGACUCAGAGUAUGAGUUUGGAAUCACCAGCUGAUUUACAGAGUGCAGUAGAUGGCUUUCGCUUUCCCCGUUCGACUCUUGCCAAUGGCAAGGCUCAGAGAAGAUGGACGAAGCUAGUCAGUGUGCUGAAGUGGUUUCUAAUAAUGAUGAGUCUGAAAAGAACCCAUGUUGGAAAAAUUCGAAGAUUUUAGUCAUAGCUAGCUAUGUUCGACAAAGCUGCCCAGUUAAAGUUUGGAAAUAGGGAAUAGGAGUGCUGCCGGAUUUAGAUUUCGCGUGCAGGUAUAGAAGUGGAAAAAGUUGGAGGUUUAUAAGUCGUAAAUACAUCUUUGACAAGUUCAUUAUUAAUAUCUUGGCUAUGGUGGCAAGAGCUUGUAAACCUCUUUCUGGCGUCUUUUUUUGAGCUGUAUAUAUAAAUUUGUUUACAUACAAGCUCAGGUUCCUGAGUUGCUGAAGGUUUAGUAGUGGUAGUAGUUAGUUUUCAUGGUGGAACUUAUUGUACAAGUUUUGCACAAUAAAUCUCACUUUUUUUUUUUUA